GUCAUCAGAAAUAUCAGGUACGUUUGGUAUAUUUUGCUUAAGCUAUAUUUUUCUUUCAGCUGGCGAGACUCUGUACCACUGCAAUAUGAUUGACUACUUCUCCGAAGAGGUCUACAGCCCUGAUCCGACAGACUCCACGCUGGCUAUACCUUACACCGUGACGAAAUCCAUCAUAUUCAUUCUGCUAGGCAGCAUCUUCGUGUUGAUAGGAUAUAUUUUUUGUAUACUGGGACAAUGCCUCAAGAAUAAGACUAGAUGUUCGCUGAUAGCUGGAGUUGUCUUCAUUCAAACAGGUUUAGCCAUGAUGUGCGGCCUGAUCAUGUACAUAGCCAUUUUCAAAUCAGAAGUUGGAAGCAAACUUCGUCCUCGCUCUCAACUACGCCCCGCAGCCUUCGAGUACUACUACGGAUACUCGUUCAUUGUGUAUGUCAGUGGAGUGGUGUUCACGCAACUCAGUGGCGUCUCAUGCAUUUUUCUCUACUUGUAUCGGGCACAGUACGACUGGAAGAGGAAACAGCUGGAGGACCACAAACGAGGUGAUCGACCAGGUGUGAACCACUACAGUCACCACAUAGACUCCACAGAGCUGUAUCCAUGUAGGCGUCACCCGUCGAGUUACGUGAACUCUAACAGUGCCAGUCACUACCACAGGAACGCCUCAUCGUCAGCAGCGGAUCAGAAGCGUUUCUACCUGAGCAAAGAGCAACUUCCUACCUCACCCUGCAGCCUGCAUCAGACAAGGUCACAGUCCAACUCCGUCAAAGACGUGUCCACCUUUUACGAUUUUCCCCCGCCUCCUACGAUCUCCUAUCAGUUCCCUGAUCAGAGGAACUAUCGGUUACCUAGGGACGUCACUUCCAAUACGAUGAGCACGACAGCUGACGUGGCCAUAGAGGAAUUCCUGAGCGAGCAGUUUGAGUCAGACUAUUCGCCCUCAAUCCAACGCGAGUGCGAGUUUGUGACCUUCGACCUCGACCAGCCCUUGCCCUUGAGAGCGCCCAGCGUGGUCAGCAUCAACUCUAAUAGGAACGGUCGGACUGACACGUUGCGAAGGACUACGCCUGUUUGAGAGUAGUGAAAGUUCGAUCCGGUCGAUCGAUCAAAAGUGUGUGACUGUUAAAAAAUUGUUUUGAUGAAAGCAGGAUGUCCAGAGUUUAUUAUACAGUGUGUCAUAAAGAAGAUUUGGGAUUAUACGCAAAUACUACACGUUUUAGGAAAACAUGUAUUUGUUCCGACUUUAUUACUCCUCACCCCACUGACGAGGAAGCAGUGCAAUCGUAAAAAAAAUGACAAUGAAAUAUUAUCUUUUUGGAUGAUGGAUGACUUGUGCAUCACGGAAAACUAUGUCACUGAUUUUCCCCGUUCUGUUUGUCUCUGUGUCGCUCUGUCUGUAACUACAGCUCGGAAAGAACGGAAUGAAUUAGAAUCGGUCAAACUUCAUUUUUUAACGUUCCAGAGGCUUCUAGUGCGUAGAUGUUGAAAAUUGGGGUUUAGUGUUGUAGGGGGUGAAGUAUGUACAUGUUGCAUUUUUGGUAACAAAUUUUCGUAAAAUUUCGGUGAGAAUGCCUGACUAUUGGCUUUAGUGAGAUUGCAUGACCACUGCGAGCAUCAUAAUUUGAUACGAAUUGACUUCCAAUAGGGUGUAAAGUAACCCAAGCUUAAAGUAUACGUUAUAACUCCGAUAUAAGUCGCCUUGAAGUGAGCGAAAUUGAACCUGCAAUGAUUCAGACUAUUAAGCAAAAUGCAAUGGGUACAAUGAAAUGUGGGACAUCUAGAUGACAACCUGUAACAGCCUAAAACCAUACAUAUGGUACUUUAUUUUAAAUGUCCACAUGUUUCCUGGAAUGUAUAGUAUUUUCUGGAUAUCCUUUGGGUCACUCUGUAGUUCACAAGUCAGUGGGUGCUCAAGAAAAAUAUUGAAACGUUAUUAUAUUUUUUUAAUACUUUGUAAUACCUAGUCUUGGAUUCCAUACAUCACGAAAUGUAUAUUUGGUCUAUACAGGGUGUUACAGAGUAUUGUCAGGAUUAUUUAGGGACAGGUUCAAAAGGUGAAAGUAUGAGAAAUAGUUCAAAUACACAUGGGUCGGCAAAAUGUUAUCUCUAUGGUAUACGGUGUUUAGUCUUGUCCGUCGUUAUGUUCAGCAAAUUCGACACUGGUUUUUGCAAUAAUAAGUAUACCUUUCGCAAAUCCUUUUUGACCUACUGGUUUUGCAAAAGGCUUUAUACAGGGAUAUCCAACCUUUUGCAAUACUAGUAGCAUAUUGUUUUUUGCUAAGCAUAUUCACUUUUAGAAAACAUAUUUGUGCAUAUACAUGUAAUCUUUGAUAACGCAUCUGCAUGUAACAAUUCUCAAUAUCCAGUCUGAAUUAGAGAAAUGUAAGGCGAACUAUCAAUUACGGACACUGAAAAAAGGAAUUGUAGAAAAUUGCAUCGUUUUUUUUUUUCAGUUUUAUAUCUUCUGGACAGCUAGUCAUAUUCGUAUAGUACAGAUAAUGUAGUUACCACUGCAAACGAAUUAAAGGAGGAAUUUGACAUAGUUAUGGUUACCUAUCUAAAACAAGGUGUACCUAAACAAAGACUCCGGGGAACUAAGGUGAUACCUUGAUGAAUAAUCCUAAUAUGAAAAGGCAAAUAUAAUCAGAACAUACGAAGCAACUGUUAAGUUUACGUAAUUGAAAAUAGUUCAAUUUCGGUAUUAGGUGUUAAGGGCUAUAUUCUCUGUACUAUAAGUUUAAAACUGUAAAUAGGUGAGCUGAAUAUGCACCAAAUAUAAAUAAAUAUUCUAAAUACUCAAUGUAAGACUUUUGUGAUAAAAAUGUAUAUGAUUUAAACGAUACUGUUUUGGGAUAGAUAAAUAAAUGUUAAAUUGAUAAAGGACUUGAUUGCAAGUAAUUGGGAGGGAUUCAAAACAUACCUUUGUGAAUGUCAGUCAAAAGUAUGCCCGAAGACCUAUACACUAUUAUUGUCACAUCACGUAAAUAGAAAUAUUAGAUUUUUUCUGUUAAAAUAGACACGGUCAAUUCUAAAAAUGAGGGUGUGAAAUAACUACUGGGAGAAAGCGAAACCUUUCAGGGAACUGUAUUCCUUAACAUUGGUGGAGAAGUCACUCCCUGGUUGUUCUCACGAGAAAAAGAGCAAAAAUCUCGGCGUCGUUCACCAAACUCAUCUCUAAUGGUGGAGUUAACGCUGUGAUAAAAUGUUUAAUGAUACGAAGAUCAGAGGAACAUAUUGUGCCGAAAAUAAGAACUGCAUUCACUUAUUUGAUAAAUGCGAAAACAGUCGCCAGACUGCCUGAAAGGUAAUAGAACACCUUCUACUGACUAUUCUACUCCUUCGUUUUCAGCCUAGAAAUCAUAGCGCAACAUCUGCAUCUAAAUAAAAUACUUUAGAAUCCAUCCUGGUGUUAAAAUUAUUAAAGUUUUGUUUUCAAUCUCUUCCUAUACAUUCCCGCAAAAAAAUCCAGUCGCCACAUACCACUACACUUCUGUAAUAUUUAUAUCCGUAGAGCUGAAAGCUUCUAUUUGCGGAUAAUAUAAAAUAAUAUUUGCUUCAUUUGUAGCACAAAAUGACCCAAAUGCCAAAACGUUGAACCCAGGAGCAUUGAAUGAAGUAACAUAUCCUUUGAAGAAAACCAACUGUGUACAUACCGUCAGUUUUUACAACUAAAUAUGUUAACACGCUAUUGAUAUCAUUAUAUAUAUUAUGUAUUGAAUAUAAUGAGUUCCUUUUCUCUUAAAGACUGUACAGAGCUGAGCAAUCAGAUGAACUUGCAAAUGUGAUGUAAUAUAAUGUAGUGUAAGACACUGAUUUAUCAAAAGUUAGGCAGAAUGACCGGAAAAUAGUGAAAUACUCACAUAGAAAGUAACAUUUCUUGGAAAGAGCUAAAUAAAUUCAAUGAAUAUGUGAAACUGGGUCGGCAAGUAUUAUUAUUGAGUACUAUAGCCUAAAUGGCACCAAAAAGAUCUAAUUCCUACAGAAAUUGAAAUACUGAAAAAACACACAUUUUAUCUGUGGUUUAAAGAUGUCAACUCGAUAUGGUCAUACCUAAGCUACCCAUUUUCAACCUCGGUACCAUAGACAAGGGAGCGAUCCUAUGGGCCAGUUCAGGAUGUAAAUGCUUGCAGACUUUUGAUUAUGGCUUGACUUAAGUAUAGAAUAGGAGAGUUGUCAUUCUGCCUAUCUUCAUACUGAUGCACAAACCAAAUUACCAAAACCAAAAGUGUCAAUCAAAGUAUAUAAAGUAUAGGAACCAAAACUCCUUGUCCUCUAUAAUGGAUCCAUCAACAAGUAAAAUGCAACAUGAUGAUCUUGCUGAAACUUGAUGAGCCCAGCCACGUCGAUGUUAUUGAAAACGUUUAUUUAAAACAAUAUGGCAUGUUAAAAUGGUGAUGGCAUGGUUAGUGGCAGAUCUAAGUAGACAGAAUGGGUAGAUUUGGGCCAGCUAGAAAGAAAACGUACUUUGUGAUCUAAAAAGUUAUUGGGAUAUAAAAAGCGAGAUACCCAGUGUUUCCAAAGAUGUACAGAAACCUAUGAAUUUGCAUUAAAAGAAUAUUCAUUUAAUAGAAAGAGACAGAGCAUUUCUAGAUCUGUGACCAUCCAUGCAAUACUUGGAUCAGAAACAUCAACAAGCAGUUUUUAUAAAUUUUUGAAUCUCGGUUAGACACAUGACCUAGCCGUUUCUGUUCUUUGCUCUAAAAAAAUGAUCAAGAUAAUUACAAUAUGUACUAGAAUCGGGUAGUACCUAUAAAUAGUUUUAUGCAUUGAAAAUUCCUCUUACUACAAGAACGCCUGCUGUUUAUGGUACCACAAACCGUAACACCGAGAAAUGGUCGAAAUAAGACAGCACAAGUAUCAUCUAUCACCAGAAUCGAGCACUGCGAGUGUGAAAACAGCAAGAUGUCUGUUGGAACUGUGAGUUCGCAUUAUCAGCCGGGUCUCUGCUGUGGCCGCUAGAUGCCGCCGAUUCUGGUGCUAUGGUAGAUACGAUCUACUCGCCAUUAAAUAAACUAGUGAUAUAGCUUUCGUUCAUCCCACCUCAGCUGGCCCACCAUGGACCGUUCUAUUUAGAGAGUUAAAUUGAUAUAUGGAAAAUGGUUAAUUUUCGACCUUCAAUAAUUUUUAAGAAGUAAAACAUCCAGUUCAGGAACUUAUGUUACGUAUUUCUUUGGUUUAUGGUCAGAUUGUUGAAAGAAACAUAGUAUGGAUGGCGAGAGAGACGUAUUUAAGAAUGCCAUUGUCCAAACCGAAACUCAAAAAAAUUAUAAAAAAGCCCGUAAAUUUAAGCUACAGCCCGAUCAUUUUAUACGAACACCAUGUGUUCCCAUUGUUAUUUAUACAAAAUGUAUUAUUGUAUUGUUGGAAACCUGUACAUACCUUAUGACUG